GGUCACAGCAAAGCUCCUCUAGCUUUUCUUAUAUUUUACAAGGUGGAUUGAUUGCCCUGUAAAAUACGAAAUGGGCCGUUGGCGCGUUAGAUUCUUGUUACCAGGAGCAAAGCAUCCCAUAUCUUCUAAUCAAUCAAAGGUAUGUCAAUUCCUGAUGCAUGUAACAAAUCUUCGGCUCUUUGUGCAAGAAAUUUGAAGCCUUUCAUUUGCGUGGCUUCUGAAUCUGAUGCUCUGGUUGUAUCAUACGGCAGCAUAUACCAUCGGAUCUUGAUGGAAGUGCCUCAAACAUCUCUCAAGGAAUAGUACAACAGAGUUGUACUAUCAACCCCUCUCCUGCAAGUAUAUCUAAUUGAAGCUUUUGGUUAACCCCGCCUUUCGGUGAAUUUUCGAUGAUGGAAGCUUAUCUUUGAUUCGGCCAUGUGCAUCUUGCUAAAGAUUUUUGUUAUCAAAGAAUUCUGGUGAAUGAUUGAUUAGCAUGGUUUGGCUGCUCAGUACUGUCUACUUAAGUGUUCUCCCUUCGAGAAUAACCACUUGAUAUCAACAACAAAACAACAACAACAAUCACAACAACUCGAACAUUUGAAUUCUUUCCAAAUACCAUUUCUAUUAACAUUUUUCUUUCAUUACAACAACACUCUUUCUUAUCUGGAACGAAUACUAAGAAUCUCAACAGACAAUAAAAAUGGCUGAAACAAGCCAUCGUCAAACUGGCUCUCCUUCAGAAGAUCCAUCUUCUCCUAUCAUCACCGAGUCGCAAACACCAACCUCCACCGAUCAACCUUCCGCUGACAACAAACCCUCUCAAGAACAAUCUAACAUUGAUUCACGUGUCAUAGACAUGGAGCAAGAUCGCAAUGUAGCACCAUUAGAAGAGCAUUCAGGUGGCGGCUUUGAUCCCAACGGUCAUUAUCAAGAUGCAUACAUGAACAUUAGCAAAGUUACAAACGGUGUUACGAACGCUCAAUCUCAACUUGACAUUUCCGAUACCCAGAGUUCAUCUACCGGCCCGAACACUCGUCGAAACGCAAAUAAAUCUGGACCUGGUGAUGGGGAUAUCCAUCGCCUCAAAAGUCAGUUCCAACAACACAAUGAUAUUGGUGAUGAGGGUCACAAUAGCGUCCUGGGUCGUAGCAGGAAAGGUCCUCGUCGCUAUCCCCACCUUUUUGAGGGAAAUAGUGAUGGCGGAGAGCUUAACCCAAUGCAACCUUAUGAGAUGACUCACAAGGCAAAAGGAAUUGCCAAUAACUUUGAUCGUCCCUCUGCGGGUCGGAAUAUUCGUCGUGCUGCCACCCGUCAUCCAAAUAGAAAGCUUGGUAGCAGGAAUGGUCUCCGUGUUCAGGAUCAGUCUCAGUCAGAUAUUGAUAGUGGUGAUGACUUCGAUACAGUGAACGAUAGUCGUGGAAAUAGUGGCGGUACUUCUCAACAGUUCCAGAGAGUAGCACUUACAUCGGGUCUUCCAGGGCCUCACUUCCCCAUAGUUCCCACUGCUCCAGUUGUCAAGGGUCGAGUUGUCAAGCAAAGUAUGAGACGAGGUGAUCGACCAUUCGCCAACGUUAGUGAUAACGAAGAUCCUGCUCUUGAGAGCUCCGACUGUCAGGAUAGUGACAUGAAUGACGAAGAGUCAUACGAGCAGGCUAUGUGUCAAGAUGAAGACUCUCAUUAUAGCCCAGAAUAUGAUAUGCCCAUGGCUGAGGAUGAGGAAUACGAUGAAGAGCACGAUGAGCAUAUGUUCGUUUCCGAGCCUGGCCCUCACCGCUCAAAUCGUGUCGAGAAGAAUCGCGCUGGUGUUGCAUAUCCAUCAAACAUACGUCCAAUCGCAAACGUUACAGGAUCGAAUGUUGGUAGUCGGGCCCAUCCAGCCGUAGUCCGACGUAGACAAGAAGGCAGACCUAGCCUCUUUUUUAACAGUUCGAGUGAAAAUUUGGCACCAUCCAGAUACUCUGGAGCCAUUAUGCCAUGGGGUAUCAAUCAGCAACCUGUAUUGAUUGACCAGGAGACAGUCUCAGACGCCCACCUCAAAAAGAGAGGUCUCAAGCGUCCUCCACCGGGAGGAAAGAUUGGCAAGAGAAGUUAUGGAGCCAAUGAUCCGGAAAAUAUCGCAAUUGUCAACAUGAAAGAGAACCAGGGCAUGUCAUUUGCUGAGAUUGCAGAGCAUCUCAACUCAGAGCGUGAGAAGCAGGGAAAGAAACCAGAUCUUAGUGUUUGUGGCGUCAACGGACGUUACAACCGCACUGCACCUAUUCUAUUCGCCACCCAGGGCCUGAAAUUCGUUCCUUUGAGUGAACGCAAGAAGGCUAAAGGUGCAGCAGCCCAUGGAAAGUCAACUAACAAAGCUGGUUGGACUGUCGAGGCUGAAAACAAAUUGGUCGAUAUCGUCAAGCAGGUCGAUGCUGAGAAAUGGGGUCAUGUUGCACAUCUGCUAAACAUGGAGCUCUACAGUGGGCGUGCUGUAUAUGAUGCUACAACUUGUGCUAGGCGUUAUGCUGCACUCUAAUUUUCUUGUCGAAAAGCAAGUCGAUCGAAAUCUUGAAGACGUCAGUAGUUGCGCCUGAGACUUCUUUCUCGGAAGUGCACCAGUUUUCUGCUUUAUCACAACUCAAAUUUGACUUCACCCCUUCAUUGUCAUUAACAACUCCCAGCCUGGCAUUUCUUUCUCAAAUUCGCCAAAUCGCCCUCUAAUUCAGCCUAGCUUUUAGAAUCUAAUCAACAUUUCCUUACAUGACCUACACAAAAAAUUACAUGCCACACAUUGACCUCGACGGCAAUAGGCUGAGAGGACGACCGUAAUAUAGCAAGAGUUAUACAUAGAAAGAGUACUCAGUUCUACUGAGAUAGAAGAUGUCAAGGGAGAAAAUGGUAGUAAAGGAUAUGUGGAUGGUAAAAAUGUAUUUGGGUCCCCUGUUUAAUACGAUGGAUUUUACGAUGGAUUACUUACUUUCUUUCUUUCAUCAUUCCAGAUUUGCGACUGGACUUGCGAGAUCUCUGGCAUAACAAUUUUGAUGUUUAAUACCCAGUCGUCUAUUUCUUCUCGGAAAGGGAUGGAUGACAUGCAUGGAUCUAAAGUUUUAAGAAUAUUCAAUGGAUUAGCA